UUGUGAUGGCCUCCCGCUGCCCGUCUCUUUGACACAAAAUAACAAUUUGCAAAUAUCAUUUAAAAUAAAGGGCUGUUUUAUUUUGGACUCGCUUUGUAACAACCAACAAAAUUGCUUCCACAAUGACUGUUACGCGGGUGGCGGAGUCCCGCACGGAAUUUAAAUUAAAGAGUCUGCCCGAAGAUGCUAUAUCCAGUGUAAAAUUUGCACCAAAAUCAAAUCAAUUUCUAUUAGUAUCAUCUUGGGACUGUUCUGUGAGGUUAUACGAUGUGUCGGCUAACAUUGAGCGGCAUAAAUACAAUCACGAACUCCCGGUACUUGAUGUUUGUUUCAGAGAUGCUGUCCAUUCCUAUAGUGGAGGUCUGGAUCAAACCUUAAAGAUGUAUGACUUAAACGCGACCAGUGAAACUGUACUUGGUGAUCAUAAGGGUGCAAUAAGAUGUGUAGAGUAUGCCAAUGAAGUUAAUGCAGUCCUGACAGGGAGCUGGGAUGGCACCAUCAAGAUGUGGGAUAGCAGAGUUCCAAACUGUGUUGGAACUUACAACCAGGGAAAUGAAAGAGUGUACACAAUGAGUAUUGUUGGUGAGAAAUUUGUAGUAGGAACAUCAGGUCGUAAAAUAUUUGUAUGGGAUGUACGAAACAUGGGCCAUGUGAAUCAAAGAAGAGAAUCCUCACUCAAGUACCAAACUAGAUGUAUCAGGGUUUUCCCCAACAAGCAAGGCUACGUCCUGAGCUCAAUAGAGGGUAGAGUUGCUGUAGAGUACUUGGAUAGUAACCCGGAAGUACAAAAGAAAAAAUAUGCCUUCAAGUGUCAUAGAAUUAAGGAUGGUGGCUUAGAAAAGAUAUAUCCUGUAAAUGCAAUAAGUUUUCACUCUGUGUACAAUACUUUUGCUACGGGUGGCUCGGAUGGGUAUGUUAAUAUAUGGGAUGGAUUUAACAAGAAGAGGCUUUGUCAAUUCCACAGAUACAAUACAGCGGUCUCAUCCCUUAGCUUCUCUCACGAUGGUUCAGCGUUAGCAAUUGCUUGCUCACAACUAGACGAAACCCAGGCCGACGAGCCCAAGCCGGAGGACACAAUCUACAUCCGAUAUGUCACCGACCAGGAGACUAAACCAAAAUGAGUGACAGCUUCGUCCCGAUGAUCUGUGGCUUUAUAGUGAUAGUGUUGUUAGCGAACGAUCUGAUAUUUUCUUGUUUUAAACAUUAUUUAUGAAUAAUUCGAUGGUCUGGUGCUGAAAGUGUAACGAUAUUACGUAAAAAAGCAUUCGUUAUAUGAACAAACCAAAAGUAAGGGUUGUUUAUAUUGGCCUUUAAGCACCAGGCCACAGGAUUAUAUUAAUUCAAAUAAUUUAUUGAUAUUUGAAUUAUUGAAAUAGGCACGUACAAGGAAAUAUUCUGUAAUAUAAAGCAAUGUUAGUAUCAUUUAUAUGUUUAAAUAGUUGUUUUGUGAAGUAGGUUAUUUAUAAAUUAAAUGCUCUAGUUCCUAGCUAAUGUAGCUGAAACAAAUAUGUGUGUUCUUAUAAUUACUUUGACAAGGUUGCUUAAAAUGAGUGUUAUCUAUAAAGCCACUAUCGGGAUAGUGAAAUGAUUGAGACAUAGUGUGGUCCGUGAUCUAGCUUUAAGUGAUGAAUAUUUGAAAUAAAUAAUAAGUUUUCAA